GUUGUGAGAACCGAGUCCAGUUUAAACAAGGUGUACUCCAAGACUUUAAGAUGCUGCGCACUAAAAAAAUGUCCCACUCAGCUUUGCAAAAUUUGCCUCUGAAGAUGCCAGAAGGAUUAAAGACUAAAAUAGCAGCACCAAGAAAUCCCAAGAUGGCUAAUCAUGAGGACAAAGCCAGAAAGCUAUCUCCGUCUGUAUAUGCCCAUGAAAUGUCCCAGACUACAGAGGAGAGAUUGACCAACACAUAUAAGAAUUACCCAGCUCGCAUUUUGGAACUUUUGGACGUGAGUGAGACAGCAGACCACAAGUUUUCUGCUGUAGAUGUGGACCAGCCUUUUUUUCAGCCUUACCCCUCUGAGAUUGUGUUCCAGAACUACCUGCCCUCUGAGACAUAUGAAGUGCCACUGGUGUUGCGCAAUAAUGACAAGAUCCCUCACCUGGUGAAGAUAGUUGAAGAUGACUCCCUGUAUUUCAAGGUGGUGAGCCCAGUAGAUGUAUGCAACAAAGUGGCCCCAGGCAUGACAUCCACUUUUACAGUUUUAUUCACUCCGCAAGAGAAAAAGGACUAUAGCUACCGGAUAAUUUGUAUGACGGAGAGGGAGAAAUUUGAGGUGCCCAUCCGGGCAAUAGGGCCACGUGCCAUCCUAGACUUUCCAGAUGAGCUACACUUUUCUCUUUGUCCUGUCAAAUUUUUAUCUCAAAAAACCCUCCUGGUACGCAAUAUUGGAAUAGUUGAGGCCAAAUUUCAGCUCAGCUGUCAGAAACCAUUUUCUGUGGAACCAUCAGUAGGGACCCUUAGUGUUGGAGAUAGCAUGCAAGUGACUGUUGAAUUUCUUCCCAGAACUACUGGAGACCACAGCCAACAAUUACUUCUCCACUAUCACACAGGAGAAGAUGUUUAUAUCAAUUUGUAUGGAGCUUCGACAGAUAUCAAUGUAAGGCUGGAUAAAAACUCACUGUUGAUGGAGAAGACCUACAUCAAUAUGGCGAACCAGCGUGCAGUGGCUAUACUGAACAGAAGUGAUUCCAUCGUGCAUUUCCAGUGGAAAAGCUUUGCCACUGAGGUGGAGGAGGAACAACAUAGACUAAGGUUCUUUUCUGAACUUCAACAAGAGGAAAAUGAUGAGAUGCAGCAGUUUUUAACAGAAUGUGGUGCUGACCCCACUCUUCGAGACCGCCUCUCUUUGCUGUCACGCACCUUCCAGCAAAGACGCAAACAGCUUCAUCAGGACAGCCUGGCUUUCAGUGACCAGAAUAUCAUCAUAGAACCACAGGAGGGGGACAUCUGGCCAAACUGCACAGCUGAAAUUAGCAUCAUCUUCAAGCCUCUUGAAGCCAAACUUUACCAACACACCAUAUACUGUGAUGUCACAGGCAGAGAGGCACGUUUGACACUGCAAAUAAAAGGAGAAGGCCAGGGACCCAAACUGCAGUUUAAUGUUGAUCUGGUUGACAUUGGAAACAUUUUUGUUGGCUCUAAGCACAGCUAUGAGGUGCUUGUAAGCAAUAAGGGACUUAUAGAUGCCCCGUAUAGUCUCAUGCCUCCCACUACAGGUAUGGGUUUAUGUUUUUCCUUCAGCCCUCCGGAGGGUUUGGUGCCACCUGGGGCCUGCCAUGUCUUGGAGGUCCACUUCUCCUCUGACAAAUUGGGCACCUUUUCCGAGGAGUUUUGUUUUACUGUUUUAGGGAAUCCGCAGCCUCUCAUCCUCACAUUUAGGGGGUGUGUAAUGGGCCCAACGUUUCAUUUUAACAUUCCUGAGCUUAACUUUGGAGAGGUAUCCUUUGGCUUUCCUCACACACUGACCUGCUCAGUUACCAAUACCUCAUUGGUUUCUAUGAGUUUUGGCCUGCGGGUCCCAGGAGAUGGGUCAGGGAGGGAAAGUGUGACCAGCACAGAGCAGGUAAAAGAGCUGGACAGGAAUGACUGGAAGCCAGGAGACAGGGCAUCUGAGAGUCCUCGAGAAUUUAUAGUGACACCUUGUUCAGGCACCAUCCGGGCUCAAAGCAAAAUGGACAUCAUGGUGACCUUGUGCUCCAAUACAGUCCACCAAUAUAGUCUGGCAUUGGUGGUGGAUGUGCAUGGAGUUGGGGAGGAGGUAUUAGCUCUUCCAAUUAAGGCUAGUUGUGUUGUUCCGGAAGUGCACCUGGAGAGUUGUGUGCUUGAUUUCCAGCACUGCUACCUGGGUUAUCGCUAUGAGCAACCCAUCAGGCUGAUUAAUAACACAAACCUCCCUGCAUGCUAUGGCCUUCUAGCCCAGGAGUAUGAAGAGAAACCAUCUCUACUGUACUCUACUGCUCAUCCAAGAGGUGUGAUUCACCCAUGCAGUACUGAGGAGAUUCCUCUUGUUCUUCAGGCUAAAACAGUGGGCCAAGUCCAACUCACGGCUCUCAUUGCAAUUUUAGGCCAGCAGGGUCCUCCACUGAAGUUGCUUUUGUCCUGCAUUGGGAAAGGUCCAACUGUAUCUCUCUCUGCCACUGAGCUACACUUUGGCACCAUCCCAGUGCUCACUGACAUCUCAAGGACACUGCAGUUAUUCAACCAUUCCCCAAUUCCAGCCCAGUUCUUGGCACAAAUGGCUAACAGUACCACUCAAUGGCGGGUGGAACCAGCAGAAGGAGAGAUUCCACCAGAGGGGCAGCUAGAACUGACACUGGUGGCCCAUUUAGAUGAUGCACUGCCCUUUCAUGAUAAUUUGAAGGUUGCCAUUCGCAGCAGCCAAACCCAUACAGUACCCUUGUGGGCUAUAGGAAAGGGCACCACCAUCAUCACUGACCGGCCCUUUGCUCCCCAUCUGGACCUUGGAACCCAUUUUAGCUCAGGUCCAUACCAGUAUCACUUCAGGGUCACCAACAGAGGUCAGCGCUUUCACAAGCUUUUCUGGACCACUGAAGGCUUUCCACACAGAGGCCCACCAACCACAAAACAGAGACCACUUACUAUUUCCCGAGAAGGCAAAACAACAAAUCCACUGGCACCUGUCACCUCAAGUGAUCCUGUCUUUUCCCUGACACCUACACGAUUGGAGCUUGGACCAGGUCACUCAGCCAACAUGCUGCUGGAGGGCUCCUGUGAUAUACCCAAAGUCGUAAGAGAAAGGCUGGUAUGUCAUGCCAUUGUGGGUAAACAGAAUGGAAAGGAGCAUAUCAUGACAGUGGAUAUCACUUGUCAAUUCAUUGCCCCAGUCUUGAAUAUCUACCCUCAGCAGCUCAACUUCUGUGUCGAAAAGGUACCAGACAUGCCACUUGUGCCUCUGUAUGAGAAGCUUCAUCUAAAGAAUGUCUCCAAGUUGGCGCUCUCUCUAGAGCUCACCCUCGCUGAGCCUUUUGGGCUCUGUGACCAUAUGGGGGAUGACUCAUUGACCUUCACUAAGAGUCUGGUGAUGGGUGUUGGUGCUGAAGUGGAACUGUGGGUGUGCUUCGACCCUAUGUACCAGCUAGAUUUGGUGAGCCGUGUCGCUGAGAAAGUGCUGGAGGUGAGCUACAGUGGGCACCCUCAGCGGGACACUGUGGCUCUGCGAGGAGAAGUACACUUUCCCAACUUGCUUUUCUCCAGCCAUGUGUUGAACUUCGGCUGCAUUCUGAACUGCACAGAGGCCCAGCAGCAGCUUAUCAUGACAAACACCAGCCCACUCCCCGUGAUCUACCGCUGGGCUUUCCUGCUGGAUCAACAGCAUUGCUGCUUCUGUCAUAGUGAGAUCUCUACAACUCAGCAAAAUGAUAAGGAGGUCAAUAAGAUGAUCAAAGCAAAUUCUGGUACUAAAAAAGGAAGAGGAUCAAAAGAGCCACUGUCAACAUAUGGGCUAAAUGUUCUUGAACCAGACGGGCUACUUAUGUGCAAUACUCCUCCACUGAGACAGAACAGUAGAGCAUCUACAGCACAAAAUUCCACAAGAUUACAAUGCAGCCUAGCCAGCCUGAGCGACAGAGAAACACCACGUAUUAGUAUUGAGGAGAUAUUUAACAUAAUGCCAAUUUAUGGAGUUCUGCAGCCUGGUGAGAUUCAGCAGGUCACCUUUUCAUUCUUUGGCCAUACUGAUAUCCAUGCUCAAGUUCAGGCAGUGUGCAUGUUAGAGGAAGGCCCAACAUACAAGAUUGCCCUCAAAGGAGAGGCUUCAGUGAUCACCUACACUGUGGACACAACUGAGAUCAACUUUGGCCCUCGGUUAUUUGAUCAUGUGGCAGAAGCAGAGAUUAUUCUGAGAAACACAGGAAAGGUGGGCUUUGACUUCAUUUUUCUACUUGAAGAUCAGCAUGUGUCCCCUAAAGAUGCUUUACCUGGACAACCCCUAGUUAUUCCCAGCAAGGGCCACGUGAAGGCACAUGAGGAGAUGAGAGCCUCUGUGUACUACCUUCCUGGAAUCCCGGAGGUUUUUGAGAAGGUGUUCAAACUACAGGUAGCAUUCUUUGAGCCAAAAAGCAUUAUUCUUAGGGGAGAGGGAAUCUUUCCCAAAGUGUGCCUGGACCUGCCCAGAAACAUCGAUGAAGAACAAAUUAGCUCAUUGCUAAAUGAAGCAAAGGAGGCAGUUGGAAGUGAAUCUCAAAGAGAGACAGGGUUUGGUGAACUGUGUGAAGAGAACUACAUUCCAACAUACGAUGUUCUGCUGCAGAUGGAACUUGACAGGCUUCUAGUCAAGGAAAACUCUAUAGCCACUGAGAAAUCCCAAAGAGACUCUGUGCAAAGUGAAACACCUGGAUCUAUUUCCAGCAUGUGGCGCAAAAAGCUCAGCAGGUUUAUUUUGCCUGAGUACCUUCUGGACUUCGGUUAUGUGAUUCAAGGCACUGUCUCUACUCACAUUGUCAAAGUGACAAACACUGGGCCUCUCCCAGUGUCCUUCAGAGCAGAUCGACGUUCUCUGGCAGGCACAGGAUUUAGCACAGAGUUGGACAAGGUCAAGAAUCUACCCUACUGUGAGACAGAGACACUUGAGGUGAAGUUUGAUCCACAAGGUGCAAAUCUAGAGCUUGGAGAGAUAUGUGCUGUCCUGCCUAUACAGGUUUCCGGGGGUCCUACAGUUCAGGUUCGUCUAUGUGCAGUGGUUGUAAUGCCCUCCUUGACCACCACCACUGACAUGUUACAGUUUGAUAGUGUUCACUGUGGCAUGUGCAAAGUCAUUACAAUGCAGCUGUACAACCCUGAGCCAGUGCCCUGCAAGUGGAGCAUCAAAAAGGAGGAUGCCAAGAGAAAGACUGAGAAGCACAUCCCACUUCACCUGAGACAGGAGGCUCUUUUAGAAAAGCUGACAUCUUCUAUUAUCUUUACGAUGUGUCCAUCCAGUGGUAUGCUGUAUCCUGGAGACAGGGUCAACAUCCAAGUCAAAUUCAGUCCAGCUGAAGGGAGAAUGUACAAAGAGAGGCUGAUGAUAGCAGUGGCCCAGAGCACCCACCAAAUCCUACUUUCAGCCCAUGGUCAGGGACUGGAGCCGCAGUUGAAGUUUUCUACCACAGAAAUCGAGCUAGGGCCUGUGCUGCCAUACAGCAGUGGAGAGGAGGUUGAGUUGCAGGUCUGCAACCCCUGCCCUUUCCCCACUGAGUUUUACUCCCUUGACUUUGACCAGCAGUACCUGGAAGAAGAGAGGAUCCUGCAGAUGAUAAAAGGAUAUGAUGCGCAUAAUAUAUUGCUGCUGCCCCCUCGAGCCCCUGGUGAGCCUCUGCCUGUUGAACUCUUGGAAUCCUACCAUGAGCACAGAUCCUGGAAUUCUGAAACAGAUGUGAUCAAAGACAACAUCUUGACGAACAGGAAAGGGGAUCUGGAGGUGAACCCAGUUUCUAGUGCUUUUGCUCUUUACAGUGGUAUAGAUUUGCCCUCAGCCAGCCAAACUGCUUACAAGUGCAAAGGCAUAGCCAUUGUAGUUCAUGGUGCUCCACUCUCAGGUAAGACAGCUUUGGCAGUGAACUUGGCAAGGUACUAUGGAGUUGCAUGUUUGAACAUAGACUCAGUGGUCCAAGAGGCUUUGUCGUCUGAAACUUUCCCUGCAAGCCAGCAGGUCAAAGACCUCUUUCGAGCUGCGAUGGAAUCUGUGCCAGAAACAGCAAAUAAUAUUGCCCCAUCUGCAUUGGAUGUGAUGACUGAUGAUCAGACUGUAGGCAUUCUCAGUGUUGAGGCAUUAGCCAAUCACACUGCUGAGAGUGUUCAGGAGACUGACUCCAAAGCCCCCAAUAGAACUAUUUCAACAAUUGAUAAAACCAGCACCAUGGGAGCCAAGAAAAAUAAUGGGUCCAAUCCCACUGCUUCAGUGGCUGGUCUGACUCAUGGGCUCCCAAGUGAGAGUGUGAAUCCGAUGGUUGAGCUGACAAGCAUGAACGAAUUACUGCCUGAUGAUCUCCUGGUAAAGAUACUGUCAGAGAGACUACUGCUUAGUGAUUGCAAGCGAGGAGUCGUGAUUGAUGGCUUGGAGACACUGUACUGCCGCUUUCCGAGCACUGCAUUACACAUCAUCAUCAAAGCCUUCAACAACCGCCAGUACAUCUAUGUUAUCAACCUCACUGACAGCUACUUUGAAUUCAAAUCCAGAGACCGAGCUCAAAUGGAGAUGACAGAAGCCUUACAAAGGGAAAAAACUGAAAAAGAAAAGCUACAUGUGCAGGAGAUGGAUGAGGAUGUAUAUGAAACCCUAUCUGAGGAAGAGAAAGCACGUGUAGAUCUUCAGCACUUGGAGAUGCUAAAGGAACAUAUGUACAGCAAGCAAGAGAGGGAACAGGAGAAGAGGCAGCAGGAGGAGAAGCUCAGAGAGGAGGAGGAGAUGAAGAAAAAGAACAAGAGAGGGAAAAAGGAAGUACUUACAGAGGAUUUAAGUGAAAGAAGAAGUCAGUUGGAAGUUGCCAAGUCUGUUUUAGCACUACAAUCUGAUACUGGACUGGAACAGGCUAAAGUGGGUGGAAAGAUGUCUUCCUGCACAGAAGCCAAAGACUCACUUUUAGAGAGUGCCAGAGAACUUGAGGAAGGAACGAAAGUGAAAGAUGGCAAAGACAGCAAGCCAACUGGCCAUGAUAAUUCCUCACUGCCACUGGAUGAACUGGAAGAAGAGCUGAUAAGUGAGGCACAAAGGCAGCUGUUUUCCCGUUUCCGUCUGUAUGAGCAAAGCCAAACACUGAUCCAGCACAUGCUGCAGAACUGGGAUAGGACUCAGGGCCUCCUGCUAAAUUCUCUUCCUUCAUUGGAGCAGCCUGAGGAAUCCACAGAACAACAUAAGAUACCCAGCAAGAGGACCAAGAAGGAGCGGGAGAAAGAGAAGAUGAAAAGAGACACUGUUGAUCCUAAUCUGCUCUCUCCAACCCCCAGCCAGACUCAUCUGUUGUCCAGUGGCACAGAGGGUGCAGAAAAUGAGCAGGCGAUAAAAUUUAUCCCCCACAUCUGCAUCUCUGUUAGGAAAAAGAAGGAUGCAAGCAUAGGAGAACUGAUUGAGAAUUUAAAGCUGCCAUCACUGAAUGAGGUUUUGGAUGGAUUAGGGCUUGGUCCCACAGGUCCACCCAUUCCACCUCCCAUGCUUUUCUCAAUAGUCCCAUACCCCAAAAAGAGAGUGGUGUCCAGCUCCAACCUUACUCCUGGCUGCUUCACCUUCUUGAUGCCCUCAACUCUGGAAGACCCAGUUGAGGAGAAGCGGGAAGUUGAUGUGGAGACAGAAGCUCCAAGCCCCACUGUUUCUUCAAAGGAGGAUGUUGGAUCCCUAAACAAAGGGAAAGGGAAAAGGGCCCCAGUGAAAGAGGAAUCAGUAAAAGGGACCCCAAAAGAUAAGCGUAGAUUUCCUACGAAAAAAGCCACCAAGAACAUAGACUCUCGCUCACCUCCAGAGCACAAUCAGAGGCUCACUCAUUUCCGCUGGGUUGUGCCGGCAAAUGGAGAACUGACCCUGAAACUAUGGUUUCACUCGUCUGUGCCUGGUGAUUUUAAACAGACUUUGAGUUUUGAAGUGAUGGGGACCAGGCGCUGCUAUCAGCUAAACUGCAGAGGAAUCUGUGCUCUGCCAUCCAUCAACAAAGACCAUAAGGUGGUGUUUGCUUACUGCAAAAAGGCCAUGGAAAAAGACAAAGGCUUACAGAAGACAUACAUCAUCCACUCAGGCCUAUAUGACUUCGGGCCACUACUUUGUGGAAAAGCUAGAGACAGGAACAAGGAAAAGAAGUACCCAGAAAAUACUGAAAGAUUAGUUAUACACAACAACUCCCCCAUGGAAGCAGAGGUUAAUUUCUACCUUAAUCGGGACACAAAAUCCACUACAUUCAUCCUGGACCCUCUCAGCAUGGUUCUUAAGCCGAAUGAAAGAAAGGAGCUCAGAGUAUGGGCAUAUCCCACAACUCCAGGUUUUAUAGAAGACAGUGUGGUGUGCUGUAUUAAGGAGAACCCAGAACCUGCCAUCUUCCACAUCUCUUGCAGUGCAGUCCGACCAGAACUGGAAGUGGAGCGGAAGCAACUUAAUUUUGAUAAGAUUGUUCUGGACAGGGGGGAAACGCGCAGUCUGUGCUUGCGUAACCCCACUGCACUUCCAGUUGCCUGGAGACUGAGUGGCCUUGAGGGGCUCGGUGAGGAGUUCAGCAUUUCCCAAGACCGUGGCAUCAUCAUGCCACAUUCUGUGUUUUCCUUGCUUAUGCAUUUUCAAGCAAUGAAGCCUAUUAUCCUGAAGAAAAUCAUAAGAUUGGAGGUGUUGGAUGUGGAGAAUAUUCUUGGUGUGGUCCAUACGGAAAACAUUAAUAUUGUGGCAGAGGCUUAUGAUGUGGCCCUGGAAAUUACAUUUCCCAAAGGUACGGACAAUAGUCUGGACUUUGGCAAAAUUAAAGUAUCAGAAGAAGUGAAGUUAUCAGUUAACUUAAAAAACAAGGGAAAACAUGAUAUCGUCUAUAAGUUUAUCCUGGAGUCUACUGACACUGAAAUGCCUAAUCUCAACUCAGUCUUUACUAUUUCACCUCAAAAAGGCUAUCUUCAUCCCACUGACCGGCCCACAUGUGUUCAAGUUACCUUCUGCUGCAACAAGCAGGUGUCUAUUAGACAGCAGCCCAUUUUACACUGCCAGGUCAUUGAGCCAAAUAUUGUUGAUGAUAAAGAAACCAUUAAGAUUAUACCCAUCAAAGUGUCUGUACAGUGUCUCUAUUCCAAGUACAGCAUCCACCCUGCAAAAGAUAUUAACUUUGGCUCAGUUGCCCAUGGUUCCCGCAAAACAGAGACAAUUACUCUAGAAAAUAUGGGUGAAUUUGAGAUCUGUUUCACCAUAUCCAGAAUGUCAAAAAAUCCUCCAGUGGCAGAACAGAAGAAAUGCAUAGGCAAAAAAUCUUCAGCAGAGAGUAACUCUGCAAAAAGAAUAUCCUCUGCUAAUAAACAACGCCAGUCUGACACCAUACCUUCACAGACACGUUUGCCUAUGGGGUUGUUUUCCUUGUCUCCAUGCUUUGGCGUCCUUCCCCCCGGUGCCCAGCAGGUGGUAACUGUGGACUGUGUGGCAGAACAGGUAGGCUGUUGGCAAGAGUCCCUGGUGGUGGACAUCACUGACCGAGAUCCUUUUGAUAGCCCAGAAGGAAUUCUCUACAAUCUGCUUGCAGAAGUUUGCAUGCCAGGAAUAGCACAUAAAGAUACUGCUUCCAUCUUUGAAGAACACAGAUUGUGCAAGAAUAGUAACAUGCUACAAUGUGAGCAGUAUCAGGAGGCUAUGGGUAUCUAUGUCCAGGAUGAGAACAAAUUUGUCUUCAACAACGUGUUGGUUGGCCAGUCAGCCAAAGCCCGCUUCCGUCUUACCAACCCUGGCAAAAUACCCUGUACACUUAGUUUGCAGGUGAAAACUGUCCUCAGCAAGGUGUCAACGCGAAGCGCUGAGGUGUUUGAGCUGAGCCCUACUCACAUGAGUAUCCCCAGUCAUUCACAUGCCUAUGCUACAAUUACAUUUACUCCUCAGAUCAUGCAGACCUACCACGGUGUGUUUGAGGCAUCUCUGGAAGGUGCAACUGGGAGCAAGUUGUUGGUGUUUGAUUUGGUUGGAGAGGGUAAUUUGCCCAGUAUAAAUAUUAUAAAACCAGUCCAGAGGACCAACCAUGGACAGCUAGUUCUGCAGUUCAAGCGAUUGCUGGUAAACAAGAGACAAAUCCUUCCUCUUGUCUUGAAGAACAUUAGCAGCAUAACUGCAGAGGUUAGCAUUGAUCUGCUUGACAAGAUUGGAGUAUUUGCAUUGAGGGCAGCUCCUGGGACUGUAUGCAACAUCUCCUCUUCACACAUAGCAAGUGAACCUGGAACAGAAGAAAACCACAUGGCUCAUUUGGCAUUCCUGACUCUAAAGUCUGGACAGCAAGCAGAGUUUGAGGUAGAGUUUCAUCCCUCAGUGCCUCAGAUUUUUGAAGCCACCAUGCAGCUGUUGAUAAAAGACAACCAGUAUGAAAAGACACUAAUACAGCUCUUGGGAGAGGGCUACCGUGACAUCAUCUCUUUGGACAUCUCUUUGGAUAGCAGCAAUGUUCCUCAGGACCAGGAUACUACAGAAACUAUAUUAGAUAUUGUGCAUUUUGGAGACUGUCACGUGGGUCAUCUUUACCACAAAACUUUCACCAUGACCAAUCACAGCAACUUAGUGGCUCUGCGCUUUGAGUGGCCUCAGAGUGAGCCACAUCUGCAGUUCUCACCUCAUGUAGGCCACCUCCAUGCUGGGUGCACCAAGGAGGUGACAGUAAGCUUCAGCUCAGAGCAACCCAUAAUGAUGAAUGCACAGAUAGUGAAAUGUAAUCUCUGCCAGAUAACCUUCCAGCACCCUGUCGACCAAGUGCUAGAUUGGGAUGACCGUCAUCGGACAGUCAAGUGGGUGGAUGUGGAAGAGCCACUCUCACCUCAGAGACCAGCCAAGAAAAAGGUGGUAGAGACUGAUCCAGAGCCUGUCUAUUCACUGGUGGAAAACUCUUUUAGGGAGCUAGAGCUAAGGAUUAGUGCUGUGUGUGAUUAUGCCAAGUUUGAGUGUGUUGCUGAACCUAUCAAUUUUAAAGACACCAUGCUCUUUCAAACCAGAGUCUUCCAACUGCAGGUGGACAACAAAGGCACUGUAAAGCUUGAGUACUCCUGGCAGGUUAUGAUGGAGACCUUUAAGAAGACUCUGUGCUUUACUCAUGGAGACAGGAUCCCUAAUUCUUCCGAGGGCUGUCAGACAGGGUUGAGACCAGCCAGCAAUUUAAGGAGCUUGUCCACUUUACUGUUAGGAGAUCCAGAGAUUCCUCCAUUCACUGUGGAGCCUAGUAUGGGGCUCAUCCUGCCUGGGAACAAUCAGACAUUUCAUAUUCGCUUCUCACCUCUGGAAGUAGCCCAGUAUGAGGCCAGGCUUGUCUGCAGCAUUCCUAAUGUGAAGGACAAGCAAGGUCCAAUAAUAGCAGUGAAUGGUUGCAGUGUGAUGCCUUACUGCCAUUUCCACCUGGAAGACUCAGAAUAUCUUCCUAAUGACAGACGGAACAUUGAGCUCUCCAGCCCCCCGGGGGCCAAACUCAGGGGAACUCUGGAUCCCAACACCAAAGUUAUAGAAUUCACAUCCACAGGGGUUGGUACAUACAUUUGCAGGACCUUUAGUGUAGUAAAUCCCACCAACAAGGCAUACUCAUUAUUGUGGAGAUGUGAAGACUCCGAGGUUAAACCCUUUACCUGCCUCACACCAAAGGACUUCAUUCAGCCUGGCAAGAAAGUGGAGGUCUCAUUUAAAUACCAUGCGCAAGAGCUGGAUUUGGUGGAAUCUUUCUGGACCUUCUUAAUCCCUGAGCACAACUUCUCUGUGCCCUUUCUGCUGGUGGGCACAGCAAAAGAUCCAGUGGUGUACAUUGAUACUGCUCAUCUUAAUCUAGGUGGUCUACUUAUUGGUCGUGAGGCCAAAAAAAUUGUGUAUGUGGUGAAUAGAGAAGACAAACCUUUUCACUUUGCCGUUGAGGAGGUCUCUCGACACUCAAAGACUUCCAGAGAUAGCCUGAUACUGAGGCCCAUGCAAGGAACAGUACCUCCCAGAGACAAGUUCCCAGUUGCUAUAUCCUACAUACCCACUCAGGAGGGUGUGGUGACAUUUAACCUACGAAUUGUGAUCAGAGGAAAAGUUCAGCCACUCAAAAUGAAUGUGAAGGCAGAUGGCUACAGUGUUAAUGUUUGUGUCCAAUAUGAGAGUCCAGAAGGGGCCAUGACUGAACUCUCUGCUUCUAAUGUCCAUCUUAUAGACUUCAAACAGGUGGAGCUAAGCAGCAAGUCCACAUGUGCAUUUGUGGCUUCUAACUUAGGGAGAUUUAAUGUGGAUGUGCAGUAUGAGAUAACAGGGCCUGAGGAGCUGCAGUGCCACCUUCAGGUGGAACCCAAAACAGCUAUGGUGCCAGUAGGACAACAAAAUUAUUGCAUUCUAAGCUUCUUACCCCUGAAGAAGUGUGACCUCAAAGAUAUGGGCUUCUUAAUAAAGGUAAAGGAUGGCCCAGUUUUCCAUUGCAGUCUGCUGGGUUCUACCACCAGUGGGGGCCUGGAGUUUUCCUUUCUUAAAUACAACUUUGGCAAGACAUUUAUUUACUCUGCUGGCAUGGUGCCUGCAAUAUGCACACUGCUUAUCAGCAACAAAGGAGAAAGGGGAAUCAGUGUAAACUGUUUAUUCUCCAACACCCCAUUCCUGGAAGUGAGCUUCAUUCCUGAUGUGUUGCCCCCUAGUGGUAGCGUGGAGGUGCCUAUCACAUUCUACCCUCGAGAAGCAAUACGCUACCACGAAAAGGUGGCUUUUGAGAUAAAUCAGUGCUCCAUGCAGGUAGUGGAGAUCAUGGGGCAAGGAAUUGAGAUGAAGAUUGAUGUAGAGGAUCCAAAAUUAAGGACUGUGAAACUCGGAAAUCUGCAGGUGGGCCAAAAGAACAGAAAGCUCAUCCCCCUGAUCAACAAUAGUUCAUCUUCCCUGACCUUCUCUUUCUUCUUUACACCCUCUACUCAGAAACUACUAAACUCUAAGGUCCUGUCAGUGAAUCCAAGUAGGGAGGUGACACUGAAGGGUGGAGGGGGAAAGUGUGUGGUGGAGGUGCUCUUCAGCCCACUCGAACGCAUGCUUCCAUUCAACGAGGAGUUGCAGUUGAAAUGUUUGGGCACCAUCCGACCCCUACUAGUACUAAAAGGUUCUUGCCAGGGUGUCGAGGUCUCACUGGACCGGAACUACUUGUCCUUUGGAGCUGUGGCCCUGCACUGCCAAACCACACGCAAUAUUAUGCUGCAAAAUACAGGAGACAUUGGGGCUAGAUUUAAAUGGGAUACAAAGGCUUUUGCUCCAGAUUUCAGUAUCUGUCCUGCUGAAGGUUAUAUCUGCCCAGGGAUGGAGGUGUCUUUGGUGGUAACGUUUGCUCCUGUGGAGGUCAAGCAGGAACUGUGCUAUGAUAAUCUUAUUUGCUCUAUAGAGGGGGGUAAGCCUGUAACGCUUACCCUUGCUGGAUCCUGCAUUGUUCUUCCAGUUGUUAGUCAGGUGUUAAAUUUUGUGUGCCAUGUUCGUAGUCAGUGCACUCAGUCUGUGACUCUGUCUAAUAAUACUAACCAGCGCUGGUGCCUGAAACCCGUCAUAGAGGGUGAAUAUUGGAGUGCUCUACUGUCCCUUAUCAUUGAGCCCUACCAGCAAAAUAAAGCCUACGAGAUCACCUAUAAGCCCAUGGCUAUGACCAUAGAUGGCAAAAAGCACUUGGGCUCAGUGUUUUUCUCCCUCCCUGAUGGCUCAGGGAUGCUGUACACCUUACAGGGUACGGCAGAGCCACCUAAAGCAUUAACCACAAUCAGCCGUGAAGUACCUUGCAAGACAUCCUACACAGAAAUUGUGCCUGUUCAUAACUGGUUGCCCAAACCUCAGAGAUUCCGUGCUAUAGUGGAGAUGAUUAAACCUGAACGUCCUGACAGCACAGUCUCACUGAAGGGGCUUGAUUAUGUGGAGGUGUCAGCUUUGACUAAACGAGACUACAAAAUCUCCUUCUUCAGCUACAAGGAGUGCCAGUGCAAUGCCAAACUGACCUUUAAAAAUGAGGCCACAGGUGAAUACCAGUUCUACUACCUGACAUUUAAAGCCACACCUCCUGGAGUGAUCAACACAAUUGAGAUGAUGACAGUGGUGAGACAGAUCACUUUAGGUUCUGUGAGCUUGGAAAAUCCUUUACCCACAAACCUUUUGUUCACGACUGAGUGCCGCAGUACAGACAUAAAUGUGCAGCCUCAGUUCUCAGUGCCUGCACUCUCCACGGAAACUUUAAGGUUUGAAUACCAGCCUUUGCGUUCAGGUGAGACUACAGCACGGCUCAUACUGUAUAACAAUGAACUGGGUUAUUUCCACUAUGAGCUUUUGCUCCGUGCGCUUCCUGCUCCUCCUGAGAAACCACUAUGCUUCAGAGCACCACUGGGCUGUGGGCAAUACCUCACAGCCAAGUUCACCAGCUACUCCCGGGUCAAGGCUGAAUACACCUGCAAGAUAGACCAUCCAGACUUCACUGUGGAAAAAAAUUCAAUGCCCGUAGCGGCAAGCUCCCAAGCAGGCACUGAUGUCAGUGUGGAGGUAUAUUUUGAGCCGUGCCAAUUAGGUGAGGUACGAGGCCUGUUGACUGUUUCAUCCAGUACUGGAGGGGAUUAUGUGUUCCCUCUGUAUGGAACAUGCACACCUCCCAAAGCUCAGGGACCCAUGGUGAUUCGUGCUGGCUCCAGCAUCUCCAUUCCCUUCAAGAAUGUCUUUAUGGAGACCACAGCCUUCACUUGCCAAGUGGACAACCCGGCCUUCAUCAUAAAGGGGAUGGACAGCCUUCGCUCAAAGAAGACUCACCAAAUCCUGGUGAACUUCGAGAGCCCACAGUCAAGCUCAAAGAUACCAUGCACAGGAAAACUUGUCAUCUCCAGUCCACGCACAGAGGGCCAAGGCCAGGGUCUCUUCUGGGUAUAUUAUCUAAAGGGCAUCUCCCCUGAGCAGCAUCAGAGAGAAAAGAUGUCAUGAAAUGCUGCCAGGGUCCAGAGGACAUAGUUUUAGUGUCACACUUAAAAAUCACACACAGCUGUAGUUUCCUAAUAAAACUAUAUUUUUGCAAUGGUCACUUUUUUGCCUUGCACAGCUGUUUCAAACCCUUAUAAGAUUAAAUAAUAUUUUUACCUACAGUUAUAUAAGCAUAACUAGAUUUAAGUUAUUAGUUAAUUUCAACUGUAGACGUCUCUGGUAGAUGAUGUGUGUCUUUCUUUAUAAAUUAUUUGCUUUUACUGUAUGCAAUAUAAAUUUAAAUACAAACAUUAAGACUUGUUUCCAGUUUAUUCAAUAUGAAAUAUUUUUAUGGUUUUAAUAGUCUGGCAAGACAUUUCAUAGUGUGUAGGAGUACUUUAAUGAGAGAGUGGGCGAGAAGUUAAAGCAAGGGCAGCAUGACAUUAGGCUGCAGUUCUCAUAGGUGUACAGUUUAAAGUGCCUCUUAUUUUUUUCAAUUGCUCUUUUACAAAUAUUCUCUU